AGCUGGGGGGAGGGGAAGAGGAGGAGGAGCUGGGAGUUGUCCGCAAAUCGAACGAUUGAUUGUUGUCCAAUGAUCGUUUGUCUGUAUUCAGAAGGGCGGAGCUAUAAUUUGAAUAUCGGGGUCUAGAUAAGCCGGUGCGGGGCGCUCCUCCUCAUUCUACAGAUUUACUGGAACAGGAGAAAAUUAUGCCUGAACCCGCCAAAUCCGCCCCGAAGAAGGGCUCCAAGAAAGCCGUGACCAAGACGGCUGGUAAGGGAGGCAAGAAGCGCAGAAAGUCCAGGAAGGAGAGUUAUGCUAUCUACGUGUAUAAGGUGCUGAAGCAGGUCCAUCCCGACACCGGCAUUUCCUCCAAGGCGAUGGGCAUCAUGAACUCGUUCGUCAACGAUAUUUUCGAGCGCAUCGCCGGUGAGUCGUCCCGUUUGGCUCAUUACAACAAACGCUCCACCAUCACGUCCAGGGAGAUCCAGACCGCCGUGCGCCUGCUUCUUCCCGGUGAGCUGGCCAAGCACGCCGUGUCCGAGGGCACCAAGGCCGUCACCAAGUACACCAGCUCCAAGUAAGAAGUGACGCCAACUUCAUCAAACCCAACGGCUCUUUUAAGAGCCACCCACGUUUCCGCUUAAAGAGCUUUGUUUCUGUUUUAUGAAUGUGAAGGAAAGCGGAAUAUUUCUGUGGAGGUGGAGAGAAAAGAUGAACGAGGGUUUUGUCGCAUUCCCGUCAGUUUUCCCGCGUAAUUACUUAGUUUGCCAGUAGUUACUCUAUUGUGUAGGUAACAGUAAGGCUUGUAGUAAAAUAAGUUAUACAAAUGUGAACUUAUUCAUUUAUAUAUAUAUAUACAAAAAUGGUGGUACAUAUGGAAAGAACUAUGAAACUGCAUCAAAAAUAUAAAUGCAAAACUUUUUUUCUUUUUAUUAUUGUUGUUUAUGACAUGAACAAAAAUUAAAUGAGUAAGUAAAAGUUGGCCUUAGGCUAAUACUGAAGUGCCAGUGAGCACAGGUAGGUUAGGAGCUUAGCCUCAGGCUUACAGUGUUGAUAGAGUAAAUGAUAGUAGUUUACAGUGAGUAGCAGUAGCUAUGGAGCCUCCUCAUUUAUUAAUUUAUUUACAUAUAUAUGUGGAUUUGGUGUCUCUGACAUAAGUAUGUUUUUUUUUUUGUUUUUUUUGUUUUUUUUUAAAG